CAUAGAUAGUCUAUUAACACAAUGUCGUUUUUCAGCGUGAGCUUUCUUGCCCUUGCUCUUGCUCUUUGCAGCUACAACCCAGUCCUUUCUUCCGUUAUACCAGAUGAAGAUUGGGCUUAUGUUGAUGUCCGACCAGGUGCUCACAUGUUCUGGUGGCUGUACGGUUGUAGCACAGAAAGCAGCAGGGACACUAAGCCAUUAGUCAUGUGGCUGCAGGGUGGGCCCGGUGGCUCUUCAACUGGAUUUGGAAAUUUUAUGGAAAUAGGACCACUAGAUGUUGACUUGCAACAAAGACCAACAAAUUGGGUUCAAUCAGUGAACAUCCUUUUUGUUGAUAAUCCGGUUGGCACUGGUUACAGUUAUGUCGAUGAGGAUAAAUUACUGACAACCAAUGUUACAGAAAUAGCUCAAGAUUUACUGACAUUGUUUGCUAGUUUCUUAAAGUCACACGAAAUAUUUCAAUCAUUACCAUUUUAUAUAUUUUCUGAAUCAUAUGGCGGGAAAAUGACGGCUGCUUUUGGUGUGCUCCUUAAUUCGGCUAUACAGUCAGGGAAAAUUCAAGUGAACUUUAAAGGCGUUGCAUUGGGUGACAGUUGGAUAUCUCCCAUAGAUUCAGUUCUAACAUGGGGGCCUUAUCUCUAUGCAACAUCGCUUAUCAAUGAAAAUGAAUUGGCUCAGAUACAAGAGAAAGCAAUGAAGUGUAAAGAUGCAUUAUUAGCUGGUCAAGGAAAAAACUCAACAAUUCUGUGGGGUGAAACACAAGAUCUUGUAGAAGAGCUGUCGGAUAAUGUCAAUGUGUACAAUAUACUGGAGCACAAUAGCAAUACUGAUGAAAAAAUGAGAGAUCAAAGAGGACUGCAUUCGAUAAGCAAGAGACAGAUAUCAAAACUGCAUGCAGAUCAGUUGGGUGAGCUGAUGAAUGGUCAGAUUAAGAAGAAACUAAAUAUACCGGAGAAAGUCACUUGGGGAGGCCAAUCUGGUAAAGUCUUCACUUAUCAAAGUGAAGAUUUCAUGAAAGAUGUUAUUGCUGAUGUUGAUACACUACUGUCUUCUAACAUUGAUGUUGUUGUGUACAGUGGACAGUUAGAUCUGAUUGUUGAUACACCAGGCACUCUAGCAUGGAUUCAGAAACUUAAAUGGCCUAAUCUCCAGCAAUAUCUCAAAGCUAAGAGAGUCCCACUUUAUCCUCCAUCUGGUAAAGCUACCAAAGCGACUGGAGCUUUUUAUCAAUAUUAUCAAAAUUUCUACUUUUAUUGGAUAAUGAAAGCUGGUCACAUGGUACCAGCUGAUGCUGGAGAGAUGGCGCUGAUGAUGAUGAAUAUAAUAACAAAGACCACAUGAUGUCAUGAAGGCAACUGCUGCUUUAAUUAAUUUAAAUUACCUUUCUUGACAAAGAACUCAAAUGAGACAACACCAUUUGUAUUUAUAUGCCAUGUUGUUUAUCCUAUUAUACAGUACAAAAACAACAUUA